AUGAAAGAGGGUCAACACGUGCCACUCUGGAAUGUUUAUAUCAAGGCCAUGCUAAGUGGACACCCCCAUGACCAUGACAGUCUAGAGUGGACACCCCAUGACCAUGACAGUCAAGAGUGGACAACCCAUGACCAUGACAGUCUAGAGUGCACACCCCAUGACCAUGACAGUCUAGAGUGCACACCCCAUGACCAUGACAGUCUAGAGUGCACACCCCAUGACCAUGACAGUCUAGAGUGCACACCCCAUGACCAUGACAGUCUAGAGUGCACACCCCAUGACCAUGACAGUCAAGAGUGGACACCCCAUGACCAUGACAGUCAAGAGUGGACACCCCAUGACCAUGACAGUCAAGAGUGGACACCCCAUGACCAUGACAGUCAAGAGUGGACACCCCAUGACCAUGACAGUCAAGAGUGGACACCCCAUGACCAUGACAGUCAAGAGUGGACACCCCAUGACCAUGACAGUCAAGAGUGGACACCCCAUGACCAUGACAGUCAAGAGUGGACACCCCAUGACCAUGACAGUCUAGAGUGGACACCCCAUGACAGCCUAGAGUGGACACCCCAUGACCAUGACAGUCUAGAGUGGACACCCCAUGACCAUGAAAGUCUAGAGUGCACACCCCAUGACCAUGACAGUCAAGAGUGGACACCCCAUGACCAUGACAGUCUAGAGUGGACACCCCAUGACCAUGACAGUCUAGAGUGGACACCCCAUGACCAGAGUUAUUGCAUAGUGUUUCUUCAAUACCACACAAUUAAAAGGAUGCCAUGA